UUUACGGCGCUUUCGCGACGGCGCGAGGCGGUGUUGCUUUACGGCAGCGCGGCGGGCCCAGGCCGCGGGAUCCGCCGGGAUGAAGCAGAAAAAGAAAAAUGGAAAAGGGGAGCUGAGCCAGGCCGAGCUGAUGGUGAUGACCAUUGCCGACAUCAUCCAGCAGCUCCUGGAGGCUCACCAGCAGGGCAAGGACGUGGAUCUCAACAAGCUGAAGACCAAAACCUCAGCCAGGUACGGGCUGCCGGCGCAGCCGCGCCUCGUCGACAUCAUCGCGGCCGUGCCGCCGCAGUUCCGGAAGGUUCUGCUGCCAAAGCUCAAGGCCAAGCCCAUCAGGACGGCCAGUGGGAUCGCCGUGGUGGCCGUGAUGUGCAAACCCCACCGGUGCCCCCACAUCAACUUCACGGGCAACAUCUGUGUGUACUGCCCAGGGGGGCCUGACUCUGAUUUUGAAUAUUCCACCCAGUCCUACACAGGAUAUGAGCCAACAUCCAUGAGGGCCAUCCGAGCUCGCUACGAUCCCUUCCUCCAGACCAGGCACAGAGUGGAGCAGCUGAAGCAGCUGGGGCACAGCGUGGACAAAGUGGAAUUUAUUGUGAUGGGUGGGACUUUCAUGGCUCUGCCUGAGGAUUACAGAGAUUAUUUCAUCAGGAACCUGCACGAUGCCUUGUCAGGUCACACUUCCAACAACGUGGCAGAGGCUGUCAGGUACUCGGAGAGGAGCCUGACCAAGUGCGUGGGGAUCACCAUCGAGACGCGGCCGGACUAUUGCCUGCGGCCCCACCUGAGCUCCAUGCUGGCCUACGGCUGCACCCGCCUGGAGAUCGGCGUGCAGAGCGUCUACGAGGACGUGGCCAGGGACACCAACAGGGGUCACACAGUGAAGGCUGUCUGUGAGUCCUUCCACCUGGCCAAGGAUGCUGGAUUCAAGGUGGUGGCCCACAUGAUGCCAGACUUGCCCAACAUGGGGCUGGAAAGGGACAUGGAUCAGUUUUUUGAGUUCUUUGAGAACCCGGCGUUCCGCCCCGACGGGAUGAAGCUGUACCCCACGCUGGUGAUCCGCGGCACCGGGCUCUACGAGCUCUGGAAAACCGGGAGGUACCGGAGUUACCCCCCCAGCACCCUGGUGGACCUGGUGGCCCGGAUCCUGGCCCUGGUGCCGCCCUGGACGCGCGUCUACCGAGUCCAGAGGAACCCAUCCCCACAUUCUGACCUCGCUCCUGGCUUCUGUUUUGACAGAAAUUCCCUUUUGUUUCUCCUGUUAUUUCUGCCAUUCCAGGGGUUUGGAAUGUUGCUGAUGGAGGAGGCGGAGAGGAUCGCCAGGGAGGAGCACGGGGCGCGGAAAAUCGCCGUAAUUUCAGGUGUCGGCACCAGGAAUUACUACAGGAAGAUCGGCUACGAGCUGGAAGGGCCCUACAUGGUGAAAUGGCUGGAAUGACGAUCCUGGAGAUCCUCAUCCUGCGGGAGCAAGGACACAGCUCUCAUCCCGGGAAUAACACCAGGACUCUGCUCCUGCCACAGCCCAGGGCUGCAGAGAGUGCUGGAGUUGGACUGGAUGAUCCUGGAGGUCCCAAUUCCAUGAUUUUAGGAAACAGCAUCUCCUCUGGGAAGAGCAGCCCUGGGACAUUCCCGGUGUCUCAGCUCCAGUGGUUUCAUCUGAGGGAUCAAUUUCAGGAUUUGGGGUGUCCUGGUUCCCUGUUAAAGCUGGAUUUGUGUUAUUCCAGCCAGGAAUAAAUUCUGGAUUGGUUGGUUGGUUUGUUCCCACCGGGA